AUGGAGAGACACCCCGAUGACUGGUACAGGAGGAAUGCUUACACGUACUGGCAGGAAUCACAGGAGGCAGCAGCAGACUUUAUGCAUUGUGAGCAGGAGGAUCUGGUGUUUGUGGAGAAUACGACCACAGGUAUAAACACAGUGCUGAAGUGUUGCCCUUACAAGCCUGGAGAUAUUCUGAUGUACACAACUCUGACAUUUAGGCCUGUGGCCUACACCUGUCAGGCCACAGCGGAUCUCUUUAAGGGAGUUCAAUUCUUUGAGAUGGAGAUCGAAUUUCCGAUAUCGAGUGAGGAUGAGAUUUGUGAGAAAUAUGAAGACUUCUUCAAAUCCAACCCCAACACCAAAAUUGCAAUCAUAGAUGCCAUCACCAGUCCAUCAGCUGUAGUGAUGCCGUUGAAGCGCCUCGUCGAUCUGUGUCACAGGUAUGGAGUUAUGGCCGUCGUAGACGGUGCACAUGCUGUUGGUACACUUCCAGUCAAUCUCACCGAACUCGGCGCCGAUGUCUUUACGGUGUCCACUGGCAUGCUCAUGGCGCAAGCAGUUUCCACAAAAUGGCUGUUCACUCCCAGGGGCUGUGGAAUGUUAUACGUGAAGCGGGAACAUCAUACCUGGGUUCACCCGCUGGUGACAUGCUGGUGCCACGGACUGUCCCUGGACAAACAGUUCUUCCAAGUGGCUACUAGAGACCAGACCCCAUUCACCACUUCGCCAAAUAUGCAUUUGAAUUCCUACCAGCGGAUUGGAGGAAUGGAUAAGAUCAUCGGCUACGCAUCCAGUCUCGCCACAGAGGCACAUGAGUAUAUUCUCAAGAAGCUCAAAGCAGAGCCAUUACAGAUACCUCUCUAG